CGCUAGAGUGCCUGUUGUCUUUACAAGCUCUUACACUUAACAUAAAAUGCUAAAGUGUAGAUCAAAUGAAAUGAAAUUGAAGUGCUAAAAAAUAGCUUUUAAAAUUAUUUCCUUAUUGUUAGUCGCUUGACACUGCUAUGAAAUGAGUCACACGGAAAGUUGAUUCAAUGUCUGUCGCUGUUGUUUUCACGAAUAUGUUUUAUACGAGCACAAUUUUGGUAUUCGUUAUAACGGACUUUUUGAUUUCUUCUUCGAUUAUUGGGAUAUCAGUCGCAUUAGGGCAAGAUGGAAAUGACGAAGUUGAUCGUUCUGGAGAUUCUAUGUCAACUUUAGAGCCAAAAUUAUCAGAGGAUACGAAAGUGCGGCUUAUUGAUGGACGCACAACUGAUGAAGGUCGUGUCGAAGUGUACGUAAAUGGACGCUGGGGAACAAUAUGUGAUGACUCCUUCGACACAAAUGCCGCAUCGGUUGUGUGCAGAAUGCUGCACAUAAAUGUAACUGAUGCUAUUGUUAUAUCGGGAGGUUAUUACGGGGAAGGCAAUGGACCCAUCUGGUUAGACGAUGUUCGCUGCCUAGGACAUGAGUCAAACAUUGCUGAUUGUGCUCAUGAUAAAUUGGGGCGUACCAACUGUGAACACUAUGAGGAUGUAGGAGUUCUGUGUGCUACAGAUGCCAUCUGUCGUGAUGCUGAUUGGAGAGAUUAUGUUGGUGUGAAAGGAAAUAGAUCUCGGCGGCAGUACGCGUGUCUUUUAGGCCAUCCGGAAUGCAACGAAGACAAUUUGUUGGAUUUAGCGUGUGGUCCUGACAACUUCUUUAACAUAAUGAAUGGAAACUACUUAGGCUGUGGUGAAUAUGCAGUUGUUACUUGUGAAAACGGGUUUGUUGCUAGUUCUAUGGUAUUGGAUUGUCUUGAUGACGAUGCCUGGGAAAAUGUCACUUGCACUUAUGAAGGUAACGAAGAAGAAAACGGUUCAGUGAACGUUACAAAUGGUAAUGAAGAACUAACCACGGACACAACGCCACCUCAAACAGGUAACGAAGAAGACAGCGCUUCAGUAAAUGUUACAGUUGAUAAUGGAGAACAUACCACGGAUAAAGCGCCCCCUGAAGCAGGGCCAAUCACAUGCACUGCAGUCACAGAAAAUGGCGUGGUAUGGCCAGAAGCUCUUGAUGGGAAGAUAUCUCGACAUAGAUGCCCUGAAAAAUACCAAGGCGAUAUAUAUCGUCGUUGCCAAACAGGCAAAUAUCUUAACCCCGUUAACAAUUGCACAAGGAGGGCGAUACAGGAUUUACAUUCUCAGGUGUUUAAUGGCUCCCUCAAUUCUACAGAGGCAUUGUCGAAGUUAAAGCAGGAAACGAAUAGCUUGACAAUUGGUAGCGAGAAUUUACCAACAGCGGGCGAUCUACAGAAUGUUAACCAGAUCCUUGAUAAAGUCAUUGAAGACAUCGAAAUCAAUUCUGCUACAAUCGAAAACGACACUGACAGUUUCUUCGAAGUUGCGAAUAAUUUACUGAAUGGAAAUUCGACAUCAUCAUGGAAAAGUUUAAUUAAUGACAAAGGAGUUGGUGCCGACGCAGUAAUAAACACAAUCGACCGGUUUAUAACGAAAGUUGUGAACUCAAACUCUAGCGGAGAUCUGAACAAGACGUUCGACAAGCCGAACAUGUUUAUAGAAAUAGGGCAUGUUGACAAAUGUGUGAACAUAAGUUUUCCCUCUGCUGCCGGUACGACUGAUCAGAUCGUCGUCGGCUGUGGGCAAGAAAAAGGUAAAAAAGUAUUUAGCGGAGGCUUGUUUAAAAACAUGUCAGGAAUGUUGCCUACCACUUCAAAAAAUAUCGACUCGUUAGACAGUUCAAUCAACGGUCCAGUCUUGUCCUUUAGUUUUCACGGACAUCAAAACAAGAAUGAGAACGUCAGGAUAAUCUUCCAUGUAUUUGAU